UCCCCAGAGCUCGCGUUAGUUUCAUCCCAAACCUCUCACUAUGAAGUUCCCCUUAGUGAUCGCGUGUGUGGGUUUGCUGGUGCUGUCCGUCAGCGUACAUUCUGCCCAGGCCCAGCAGGAACUGGACUGCAACGAUCCAAACAACGUCGGCAUCUUUCUGCCCCACCCGACCGACUGCAAGAAGUAUCUGAACUGCUGGCAGGGUCUGCUGAUCGAAGGUAGCUGCCCGCUGGGACUUUACUUUGACCUGGAGCGGCAAGUUUGUGAAGCCGAAGCCCGAGUACGGUGUAAAAUGAGCGUCAGCGCCCCGUAGACACUGACAACGGGGAAGUGAACGCGUGGAACUCUCGGGUACGGUGGCCUCGUUGGUGGACAGUUUAACGGACGGAGAACAGUGGACCCCCUGCUGCUGCAGUACGCCAUCAUGUUCGGGAGUUUCCAAUUCAAAAACCCGUGACACCUCUCAAGCUCAGGGCACACACGCACCUCCAUUUUGCAAGAAGUCCGGCAGAAGAAUUCAUCAAUGAAGCGCGUACCCUGUGUUAGCCCUUAUUUGUGUCACGCGUCGCGGGUGGUACAAACUCAUAAUAAACGAUCCUUUACGCACGAAUACGAAUGCCGCUAGUUAAUGGCUGGACGUGCACCCUCGUCACAAACACCCGGUGUGGUCACGCGCGUCAAACGAAUCAAAGUGUGUCUGCGUGUGUGUGUGACCCUUUAUGUCUACUUCUUCCCUACAUCCACAUCUGACUGUUGCCCCUUUGGUACCCGAUUUAAUCGAUCGCUUUUUGUUCGCUGUGUGCCGCCCGCUUUGAAAAACGCCGACCACCCUCUCCUCGGCUUGAAGGUCGUCAAUAAAGAAUGUUAAUAAUUUAA